CACAUGACUGGAAGGGUCUUCCCUGCUGCUAUAAAUUUACUCCAGCAGGGCUGAAGACACGUAGGGCGGUGCAGGGUUGAAAGCGAAUUUAUCAUUUGGCUAAUACGCUCUGCAUCGACUGGCGGCGUGUUGCGUUAUGACGAGAAGUAGUCUGAAGAGUUAUUGAAUUAUUUCCUGUGAUUGAUUGGAUUGUGUUUUCCUAAUUAGGAAGAAAGUGAUGCGUAGGUUUUAAAUAUUUCUGCAUAUCCAGACUACUGAAUCUUGCGUUCGUGGGACUCCGUAUUUGUUGGAAAACACUGGGUAACCGACAAUCCAAUUCAGGACGCCACCAUGAAUGACAGCGUGUCCAACUGUACUGCCAGUAUCGCACAGGCGAGGAAGACUGUGGAGCAACUCAAAAUGGAAACCUUUGUUGAAAGGAUAAAGGUGUCUAAAGCGGCGGCCGAUCUGAUAGCAUACUGCCAGGCUCAUAUAGAAGAUGAUCCUCUCAUCCUGCCUCUGCCCAUCUCUGAAAAUCCCUUCUGCCAGAAAAGGCUCUUCUGCACCAUCCUUUGAGGGCUGUGGCCCCCCUUCACUGCUGGAACCCAUGACACCUGACUCCCACAUUGUAGGGGUGGGGCCGUGACCCUGGCAUCCCGACCAGCCUGAAGCAUUAUGGGUAACACACCCAAGUUAUGAACAGGUGGUGCACAUGCCAUUUUGGUCCAUUAUGGUUUUGUAUUUUAUUUAGCCUUCGGUAUUGAGGAAUAAAGUUGUUCUCUUGUUUGAGAUUAGUUUUUUUUUUAUUUUUUUAGAGCAAAUAGCAAAUUUUUUGCAUGCCUUGGAGCUAAGGCCAGAGGAGGGAUUUCCAGAAAAUACAGUAUUUUUCAGUUGACACUUAAACAGUUAUCAUCCUGCUACUUUGCUGUUUAGACAAAUGAUGGCAGAGAAGACAUAUUGAUAUUUGUAGUUUUUAAGAAAUUGCUACUGAUUAUAUUCAGUAAAAUCAGGAAUGUAAGCACGACAUUGAGUGUUAUCUGUUAUGCAGCGUUUCUGAUUAUUGGACAUGUGGUUUAUCACACACUGUGUUUGUGAUGAACCUCAGGUCAUCUUUCAAUGGUCUAUAUAUUUGUCCGUUCUACACUCCAUCAGAUUUAUUAGUACAGUUGUCUUCCAUCUUGGCAAGAUUUCACCCUUCUUGUCCACCCCUCUGUAUACAAUACCCAUGAAUGUUUACACGUCAGAAAACCAAAAAUAUAGCUGUGGUUUGGCUGUAAUUCACAAAGGUCUGAGACACUGCAUUAGGCCACAGCACAAGAAACUUUCGAACAUUUUAUGGUGUGUAUGUGUAUAUCAUUUUAAUACUAAAACAUACAACCUUAUAGCAACAAUCCCAUAGCUAUGUACAAGCCCAAACAUUUAAAUAUGCCAGUACAUCAUACAGUACAUUAAUCAUUGGAGAACGAUCACAUAUGCUGUUUAUGACCUAUAUUGAGUAGAGCCACACGUGUCAUGUAGGUUUUUAAUUUCCUGUUGAAUGUGGAGGUGUGGAAAGAGAGGAGCAAUGAAGUGUAAAGCUGUGGGCCAUGUGGAAAACAAGUACUUUACAUGCAUUCAUAUUGGGUGCACUCUACACCAUAUAGUCUCUGACACUUUAUAUAAUCAGAUACUGUGUGUACACGCUGAUGCAUUCUGUGAUACAAUUUAUCAAACACGCUGACUGUAUUUGAAUCUCUUUGUUACAGUUUCUUGAGUAAUUGUCUUUGCUUGCACACAUGUAUAUGUUGCAGUACAUCUCUGCACACACGCACAAACACACACACACACACACACACACACACACAAACUGAAGAAGGAAAUUGCCAAAAUAUUCUCAGAAAUAACAUGAGCCUUUUGAUGAUUAUCAGAAUAUCUAAUAGUUUUCUUCCUAUCUUGAUUUUGUAUUAGAGUCUAGUGAACAUGCAUUUUAAAUUAAACACCUCAACAACUGUAAUAAAUAUAGUGGUGAUUGAAAUAAUUUCUGUAAAUUCUUAUUUGUGUAGGCAUUUGGUUAUAACUUGGAAGAUGUGAAAUCCAGCUCCAUAUUGUCAUUAAAAAAAAACUAUUAUAUAAUGUAUAUCAAAAUCGAAUUAUAUUUUGCCUGAUCUGGAAAGCAUUUGUUGAAUAAGUACCUCAGAAUAAUUCAUUUGCAGGACAUGCUUGGAAAUAUGAAAUGAAAAAUUUGCUAUUGGGUGGUGUGUUCAGACAACUUUUAAGAAACAACUUUAAGAAUCUGAAGGUAUUAUAUUUUUUAAGUGUUGUAUUAAAUAAAUGAGUAAAAUUA